AUGGAAGCCCUGUUGUCCCUCGCCUUCGACAACCUCUCUUCCUACGACGGCCCCAAAGUUCGCAAGGGCCUACGCCAAGUGGAGGGUCUUCUGGCGCAGAUAUGUCUUUCUGACGGCAGAGCAGCGGCCCAGCGACGGCAGAGUUGUGUCGAUGGUGAGGCAGACGCGCCCCUGAGCCCUCCGAGGAAGGACCUCGGCGAGCUGUCGCAGGACCCUGCGUUUCGCGAAUUCUUCAAGCUGCAGGAAGGAUUCGAGUGGAACGUUGCGAUGCGGCUUAUUAGGACGCUGGAUCGGCUGAUGGCUAAGGGGAGUGAUGGACAAAAUGACUUGCUGAUAUUGAGCGCGCUCGACUUGAUUCAGGGCGUGCUGUUGCUGCACCCGCCUAGCAAGACGCUCUUCUCGAGGGAGCAGAACAUGAAUCUUCUUCUAGACCUACUCGAGCCCUUCAACUGCCCUGCAAUCCAAUCCGCCACGCUCCUGACGCUCGUGGUCGCCCUCAUCGACACCCCCAGCAACACACGCACCUUUGAAGGUCUCGACGGCCUCCUCACGGUGACAUCGCUCUUCAAGUCCCGAAGCACCUCGCGAGAAGUCAAGCUGAAGCUCGUCGAAUUCCUCUACUGCUACCUCAUGCCCGAAACACCCUCGAUACCGCGCGCCGACCAGCGCGACUCUGUCCCUGCCAUGCUACAGCGCAGCCCUAGCAAGCUUGCUGGAGCAUUCAAUGCCGAGUCGCGUCGCAAGCGCGCCGGCAGCUCCGGUUUGGUGACGCUUACUACGGAAGAGAAGCAGGAACUUCUCAGUCGACACCUUAGCAGCGUCGAGGAUCUGGUGAAGGACCUCAAGAACUGCGCUCCCUUUGGAGGAGUCGUGUGUUGA